AUGAAAAACAUCUUAACACAAAGCCUGGCAAAAUACUUCUUACCAGACGGACUAACAACUAGCUACAGCUUUGAUAAAGGGGCAGAGAGUGCAAAUAUGCUUAAUGCUACACGUAGCGCAACUAAAUUAAUUUCACACUUCUUCUCACCUAUUAAUGCUCUAGCAGGUAAACCAGUAUUUACUGUUAAAUCUGACGCUGUAGUAGUACAUGUCUUUUACUACAUUCCUGUGGUAAACCAAGCACUUAACAGCAAUACAGUUAAUAAUCUAGGUACUGCACUAAGUUCACUAUUUGGACGACCUGUAAGCCUACGACUAGUUAAACUACAUUACCCAUAUCUAGACAGUAACAUCUUAGCCCAAUACAUCGCAAUGAACACACAAGAUUACACACUAGUACAAAUUGUACGACGUAUCUUUGGUUCUAUUUCACCUGUUAAAAAUACAGAAUCUCUUAAUGCACUAGCUAGCGAACUACCUUCACAUAUUGUAGGUAUCAAAGUACGUGUAUCAGGACGAUUAAUGAUGGAACGAUCACGGCCACGACAAACAGUGCAAACAGCACAAGUAGGUUCAUUUGCUAAAAAUAACCUAGCACUAGUAGAUCAAGCAUCCUUUACUGCUAAAAACAAAAAAGGAGCCUUUACAGUCAAAGUAUGGAUCGUGCAACGAGCAGUCGUCUAA